AGCUCCUGUCGGCCCCUGGCGGCCUUUUUUUUUUUUUUGCGACAACUUGAAGCAACCUCAAUGCUCUUCGCAACCAACGCUAAUUCAGCGCCCGUUGUCCAUGUCAUCUUUGCCAGGCGACUCUAAAAUCUACAUUUAGAAGAGGAACGACAAACUGAAGGUUAAAGGGCCGUAAUGGGCUCUCAGAAGACCAGCCGCGCCUCUGGCGCGUCGCUUUCCCUCAAAACAGGCAACAAGCUCAAGAGACAGAGACUUCACGUCAGAAAUAAGCAGAACGCCGGCGCAGAAAAACGAGCCGAGAGGUUCAGGAGGAAGAAGGAGGAGGACAAGGACCCGAGCCUGAAGAAAGAGCGCAUCGCCCGGAAUCAGCCGUCCAGCAUCGACAAGAAGCGGGUGUGGGACGAAGGCGAUGAUGACUCUCUCGGCGCGGUCGUUGACCUCGCUGCGCUGAAGAGGAGGCGCAUAGAAGAGGAAGAGAACCAGGCGCUUGAGGAGGCAGAUGGUGGCCCCACGAAGAAGAAGUCGGACGAGGACGAUGACAUCGACAGCAUGCUCGGGAGCGAUCACGAGCUGGACGACGACGAUGAAGAUCACGAAGAGGACGAGGCCCGGCUCGAGCGGAUCCGCGCCCAGCGAAACCCGAGUCUCGCACCGUCGACGACCAGCACGAACCUCGACUUGACGCCGGCGUCCAUCGCGCGCAAGUUUCCGACGCUCUUCACCGAAGGCCCCCACCCCGAGCCCAAGAUUCUGGUUACCACAUCCCUGAAGGCGACGAUACACCGCGAGGCCGGGAUAAUCGCUUCGCUCUUCCCCAACUCUCACUACGUCCCGAGGAGCGGCCACAGGUACGCCCACAAGUACUCGCUGCGCGACAUCUGCAAGUUCGGCUCGAACCGCGGCUUCACGGCCGUCGUCAUGGUGCGCGAGGACCAGAAGAAGCCGACCGGCCUCACCAUCGCCCAUCUGCCGGAAGGCCCGACGUUCCACUUCACCAUAACAAACUGGAUCGAGGGAUCAAAGCUCCCCGGGCACGGCAACUCUCAGGGAUUCUAUCCGGAGCUUCUCCUAAAUCGGUUCACCACACCGCUCGGUCUUCUUACGGCCCAGCUUCUCCGUAGGCUAUUUCCGUACCAGCCUGAGAUAGCAGGUCGAGAAGUCUUGACCAUACAUAACCAGAGAGACUACCUCUUUGUGAGGCGACACCGCUACAAGUACAGGGAAAGGAGACAGACGGAAAAGACAGUCGUCGACGAGGAAGGGAAGGAGAUUCCGGGCUUCACCGACGUCCGGGUCGGCCUGCAAGAGAUCGGGCCGAGGUUCACGCUCAAGCUGCGGAGGGUCGACAAGGGCAUCGGGAGGGCAGGUAGCGACGGCGACGAUGCCGUGCAGUGGGAGUGGAAGGCCAGGAUGGAGAAGGUCAGGACAAAGUUCAACCUGUAACCGGUCUUUCAAUUUUACCCACUAGGACAAAUCCGCCGCCACGGUCUCCAGCAGUGUUCAGACGAGGAACCUUGAUUGCGUUUUAUUUUUUAGUCCCUUGGUUUUAUUCUGCCCGGCGACGCCGCCGUCCGCACUUUGCCCACAAUGUCACCGUUGCUUCCGGCGCGCGUGGGGCAGGGGAGUGAGAGUCAAGGAACUCCGUAACAGCCUCGUCCCAAAACCCCAAGUGGGUGAUGGGCGACAUCGCGGGGCCGCCUCGACUUGACAAGCGGCUCGCUGGGGCGUAGCAAUGCGGCCGGCGCCAUGCCCCGACUGUUCAGAAACCAAACCCCUUGACCGAGCAAUGCUCAGGAAGCCGCCCGUCAUCGACGAGGCACAACCCGGCUUGUUGGGUUACCCCCUAUAGCAGCCAUCGCCAUAUCUGUAUGCGGCGCGGUUUACCCGAGUCAACAACCACGCUAUCCUAAACAAACUUUGAGGAUCUUGGAAUAGAAUGGCACAUUGGGCGGCAUUUCUUGUACCCGGGAGAGCGAGUGGCCUGGUUGUAGCUGAUUAUUUCUUUUCUUAUCUGUUUAUUUUUUCAGAGGGCAGCGCGGUGAGAAUGAUACACACCGUAUAAAAGGAUCCUGGGCAUCAGAAAACAUCAAGCUCUACCUGGCACGUUUACACCUCUACGAACCAUCCAUGACCCUAGCUUGGCAGCACAUAUCAAAACAAGGCAACAAAAGAAAUGCACCAAACCUCUAUCGCCUCAAGAAUGAAAUUAAGCAGAGCGGCUUGGCCGACUGAUCGG